GCUCUGGUGAGGCGGAGCUAGUUCUCUGCUUGUGGGCGUGGUCUAGCAGUCUCUUGCUGAAGCUUUUUGAUGGUCUGUGUAGUUGAGUUGUGGUAGUGUUUGUCUUGGAAGGAUGAGCUGUGGGUCGUGAAGAGAGCAGGACGGGAGUAAUACCACACCGCGUGUGAGUUUUGUUUGAUGUAUUUAUUUUUUAAACACCCAGAAUUUACUACAGGACAAAAUCCUAACCGGGAUUUAUUUUUUUGGCGUCCAAAAUUUGUGUCAGAAAAAUUGUGUGGAGUUUUUUUUAAGUAGGAAUUGCGUCGGUGUAUUCGGAAAGGAAGGAGCAUUCCGCGCGGACGACGCUUUUGCAGGCAAGUCAGGCGAGCGAAUGGAGUGCGGCUGCAGAAGGUAUUAGACAGAUGGGCAGAUUGUGUCUGAAGCACCAUGAAGGUGCAACAGACUGCAGAACUCAAAAACCAAGCUACAUUUUGAGGCGCUGACAAAUUCCUGAGCUGCAGGAAAAGAGGAAGUAGAAAAGAAAAAUAACCCAACCCAGAAAGGACAUUUUGCAAAAAAAGGAUAUUGAGGACUUCGACCCUUUUUACAAGCCACGUGACAAUAUCUCUCAUAUCUGAUUUUCAGAUUCAUAUAUUUAAUUAUAUGUGUAUAUAAUUGGGAGGGUGGAAAAAAAUAAGCAGGCAGGACAAAUCCUUUAUGUGUUGCUGUAUAUUUUGGUUCCACUGGAUUAAUAAUAUCUGACACUUAAGUUUUCAAAAUGAGUGCGGAAGGAUACCAGUACAGAGCCCUGUACGAAUACAAAAAAGAAAGGGAAGAAGAUAUUGAUCUGCAUGUAGGAGACAUACUGAUUGUGAAUAAGGGGGCCUUGGUAGCACUUGGGUACAGUGAUGGAAUGGAAGAGAGACCUGAAGAAAUUGGAUGGCUCGCAGGGUUUAAUGAAACCACACAGGAAAAAGGCGACUUCCCUGGAACCUAUGUUGAGUUCAUGGGCAAGAAGAGGAUUUCACCUCCAACACCCAAACCUCGACCUCCAAGGCCACUGCCGGUGGCUCCCGGGCCAGACAAAGCCGAUUCCGAUUCAGAGCAAGCGUCCACACUGCCAGAUCUCACAGAGCAGUUCUCCCCUCCUGAUGAGGCGCCGCCGAUGCUUGUGAAGUUAGUUGAGGCGAUUGAAAGAAAAGGUCUGGACUGUCCCACUCUCUAUAGAAAUUUUGGCUCAAGUGGUGGUGCUGAUGUCCAAGAGUGCUUAGAAAGUGAUGCUGCUUCGGUUGAUAUUGAUCAGUUUGACCUGCAGACAUUGUCAGAUGGUCUAAGGAGGUAUCUUCAGGAUCUGCCAUAUCCUGUUGUUCCAGCAUCUGUUUACAGUGAAAUGGUACAUGUAGCACAAGAUGUGCAGAACGCAGAGGAGUGCGCCCAGCUGCUGAGGAGAAUCACCCGGUCACCAAACGUGCCUCUUCAGUAUUGGCUUACUCUUAAUUAUCUGAUCAAGCAUUUCUGCAAAGCUUGCCAAAAUACCAGCAAAAAUCUACUCAGUGCAAGGGCUCUUGCUGAAAUUUUCAGCCCUCUGCUUUUCAGGCCUCAAGCAGCAAGCUGUGAUUCAAAUCCAGAAUAUCACACAAAGAUAAUUGAAGUCUUGGUCACCAGCGAAUGGAAUGAGAGUCAGGCUGCCCCAGCACUGCCUCCAAAGCCGCCAAAGCCUGCCCCUGUUGCAAACAACGGUAUGAAUAACAACAUGUCUCUACAAGACGCUGAAUGGUACUGGGGAGAUAUAUCAAGGGAGGAGGUCAACGAAAAAUUACGGGAUACAGCAGAUGGUACUUUUUUGGUUCGAGAUGCCUCCACAAAAAUGCAUGGGGACUACACACUUACGUUAAGGAAAGGGGGAAACAACAAGCUUAUUAAGAUCUUUCACCGAGAUGGAAAGUACGGUUUCUCCGAUCCACUUACCUUCAACUCUGUGGUUGAGCUCAUAAACCACUACCGCCAUGAGUCUCUGGCUCAGUACAACCCCAAGCUAGAUGUCAAGCUGCUGUAUCCUGUAUCCAAGCACCAGCAGGAUCAGGUUGUAAAAGAAGACAACAUUGAGGCAGUCGGAAAGAAGCUCCAUGAAUAUCACCUCCUGUACCAGGAAAAGAACAAAGAGUACGACCGCCUGUAUGAAGAAUACACAAGAACAUCACAGGAAAUUCAAAUGAAAAGGACUGCUAUUGAAGCCUUCAAUGAGACGAUCAAAAUAUUUGAAGAGCAGUGCCAAACCCAGGAACGGUACAGCAAGGAAUACAUUGAGAAAUUCAGGAGGGAGGGGAAUGACAAAGAAAUUCAGAGGAUCAUGGUGAACUAUGAUAAGCUGAAGUCCAGAAUCAGUGAAAUUGUAGACAGCAAGCGCAGGCUGGAGGAGGACUUGAAGAAGCAAGCAGCCGAUUACCGAGAGAUUGACAAACGCAUGAACAGCAUCAAACCAGACCUAAUCCAGCUGAGAAAGACAAGAGACCAAUACUUGAUGUGGUUGACUCAAAAGGGUGUCCGACAAAAGAAGUUGAAUGAAUGGCUUGACAUUAAAAACGAGAACACAGAAGACCAAUACUCAAUGACUGAAGAUGAUGAAGAUUUGCCUCAUCAUGAUGAGCGCUCGUGGAAACUGGGAAACCUCAACAGAACCCAGGCCGAGGCCUUGCUGAGGGGGAAGCGGAACGGAACGUUCCUCGUCCGGGACAGCAGCAAGCCAGGCUGCUAUGCCUGCAGCGUUGUUGUGGACGACGAGGUAAAGCAUUGUGUUAUCAACAAAACACCGACAGGAUAUGGUUUUGCAGAGCCAUACAACUUGUAUGGCUCGCUGAAAGAACUGGUGCUGCAUUACCAGCACACAUCACUUGUACAGCACAAUGACUCUUUGAAUGUCACGCUAUCAUACCCAGUGUAUUCACAGCAGAGGCGAUGAAGGCAACGUGGACAGUACUUGGGACUCGAGAAGAAGGACUGACGGCCUCUUGAAAAGGAAUGCCAAGUCUGGCUUUGGAGUUAAGAAUGCCGGUCUGUGCUUUUGCUAGUCUGACUGGGGCAUUCUAUAAAUUUCAGUAGGAGAGAGAGAGACUGUUGACGGUGUUGAGCUGUGAAUGUAGUUUUCUUUUUCUAGUGCUUGUAAAGAAGCACAAGCUAACUGAGGACUGCUAAACUUUCUCCUAAUCUGGGGGGGGGCAUAGAAGACUGUUUCUUAAUGGUGCUUGUUUACAUUCUUCUCAAAGCUUUACCAGCUGGAAUGUAAAAACGCUGAAACCUUAGGGUGCAACUUUUUGUACAGAUUUUUUUUUUUUUGUGCGUGUGUUUGUGUGGGACCUGAACACCCCUUUCAGAAUUGGAGGUUGCUGUGUUCAUUUGGUCCAUACACUCUAUAGUGUUCAUUAUAAAUCAUUGGAUCAGAUGAUAAUGUAGCAAGAUGGCACUUUUUCUCGAAAGGACUUUUCUACGAAUGUGUUGCAGCAGAGGAGAAACAAAUUGAAUGAUCUUGGCUUUUUUUUUUUUAAGCCUGUUUUCUGAACUUUGGAGAAAAAAAAAGAGAAUCAGGACUUAAUGAAACAGCUAAUGUAAGAUAUGACACUUCUGUUGUAUAUAUUUAAAGGAGGACUUGAAUGAAAACUAAAUAAUGAAACCUACAAUACCAAACUUUGAAUUCAGUUAUUUUUUUUGUUUGUUUUAAUUCUAAUCAUUUCUGCUAUGCAAUGCUCUCUUUUUUUCCUAAAGCUGAAUUAUGUUUUAAAUGUACCAAUAAUAUAAGCUUGUUUUUAUUGCUUGAAAAGUGUCAUAAUGUCAAUGGCCAGGAGGAUAUUUAAAAGAAAAAAAAUAUAUAAGAUGCCAAGCAUUGUAGUUUGGAUUAAAACUAGGGCAAAUUAUACUCGCUAUUCAUAUCCUUUAUUUGCAAUUAAUUAUUGGAUCAGUUUUGCAAUGUUUUAUAAGAAGUGUUUGUUUUUGUUUUAUUAUUUCAAACAUAUGUUUUGUUGGGCAGAGCCUGAUGAGCAUUUGAAAGCUGCUUUAGUCAAUAAAAUAGAAAACUUUUUCAAUGAGCCACCCCUGUUACAUAUCGGUGAUUUAUUUCUUAAAGUAGAACAGGUUUUGUACAAAUGGGGAAAACCCAAGAUACAGCAGAAUAUUCUAAUUGGUUAGAUUUUUUUGGCUGAUUUUUAAAAAAAGCAGCCUGGUACAGUAAAUGCAUUGGUUUUAAGAAAUCACAUCUGAAGCAUCUGAACUGAAACCUAUACAAAGUUCAAGCUCUUAUUUUGAAAUGCAGCAAAAUAUAAAUGAUCAGUCAGGAAAUUAAAAUGUUGCUUUCUCAUUUCUAGUUAACAUAGUAUUUUUUUCUGUAUCAGAAAACCCUUAAUAGCUGUGUUUUACAUGGAUGAAAUCGUCCAUGUUAUUAGUCCUGAGUUUUGUUGCUGAAUUCCAUGCUAUGCCAGUAAAUCAUAGUACAGUUACUUGGUUUAUAAGAAAAUAAAGUACCACAAUUCAUUAAAAAUGCUGGCAACUGAAAAUGUUUUGCUAUUGCAUCCAUUUAAAUAUGGCAAAUGUAUCAUUUCACUCACAAUAUUUUAUUUUUCUUUUGUUGCUGAAAACAUGACCACAUUUUACACAUUUCAGUUGUUCUGGUCUAUCUUUAAUACUUUGCACUGUCUGGACUAUAUUUCCCCCAUGCUUUUCUCUUAUUAACAAAACUCAUGAGGCCACAUAUUUUUUGGCACUGUAAGUUUUCAAUAUUGUAUUUUAUUAAAGAUGCUGAACCUCACUCCAUUACUACCCAUCAUAAAUAAUUAACUUUUAAUACAGGGAAUCUGAAUUGACUUGUUGCUAGUUAAAAUUCACAUUUAGGAAAACAGUGAGCUUGACUUCUGGGGUUUUUAAUCAUUUACCCUAAUCCAUUAUUGGAACCCCCACAGUCUAAACACCACACUUAUUUCACUCCCAGAGUAUAUCAAUGUCUGUGUAUGAAGCAGCCUGGUUCUGGGGGUAUGAUAUGUAUUUUAUAAAAAGAUACACUGUAUGGAAUUAUGAGCGCUGUCUUGCAUGUAGCUAUGCAAAAGUUUAAUAUUGUUAUAGUGUUUUGUUGAUUUUUAGGAUUUUUUUUCUCUCUUAUUCUCAUGUAUUUUAAACCAAGAUUAGGAUCUGAUCUCUGUAUUUAGCUACAUCUGUUUCACAAUUCUUGCAAGCUUUAUUUACACUUGCUUUCCAACACCUAUGUAGAUAAACGGAGGGGAAUGAACAGUAGGCAGUGUUGCACAAUGUAACGACUACCCUGUAAUUAUAGACACACAUCUGCCCUUUGUCACGUCCUCACAGGACUGUAGUUGAUGAUUUACACAACCUGACGUAUUUCUGGCCUGGAUGCAGUGCCUUGGCCUAAGGGAACAAAGUGCAGACUGUUCUUGUAUUAUCUGGUGUGUUUUUUGCUCUUGCAAAAAAACGACACUGUACCUGCAGAUACUCGCAGCAAAGUCACUGCGAUAAAGAAACAAAAUGUACUUCAAGGUUCUCCUUAUUAAUUCUAUCUUUCUGUUGGACUGCAUUUGUGUGAUUUGGAGGGGUUAGGUUUCAUAUGCCCCACAUGGCAGUACAAUAACUUAAUUAUGCAUACCAGCACAGCAAGGAUAAAUUUAAAAAAAAAAAAACAUUUUAGAGUAAAACACUAAAUGAUCUUAGUCCAUCUCCAUGCGAACUUUCAUUUUAAGUCUUGCACAUUCUUUUCUAACAAUGUACAGGACAUGCAUUAAGGCUUAAGUGUGCCAAAACAUUUGUCUGUUAAGGUGUUUUUCAGCUUUACCAUUACAAAAACCACACCUCCCGACCCAGUAAAUACUGAAAUGUUUUGGUGUUGUGCCUGUCUGGAGUGUGUAAAACACUGCACUUCUGCAACGCUUCACCUGUACAUUCAGUGGAAAGUAUUAAAGGUACCAAGUCCAUUCUGUAUUUUGACAUGCUAAUGAAACUGCAAUGUUAUGUGUGCUUCUGUCUGCAGCUUUUAAAGUCAAGUGUGGCGUUUUGUAUCUGCUAUUUGUUUAUACUGUUCAAUUCUUGAAAAUGAUGUUAGAGGUACUACUGUGGUGGCCAAUAUAAAAAGCUUGUAGGUGCCAUUCUUAUUUAAUGUUACUGCUCAUUUUCCUUAUCUUAUCCUUUUUGUUCAGAGUUUACAGGACUAUGAUAUAAUAAAUAAACACAAAUCUGGGAGACUACAGACAUGAGAAAAAAAAACAUUUACUCUUUACUGACUAAUUUUGUUCUGCAUGGAGAUUUCAUUAUGAAAACGAAACCGGUGUAACUUCAGAAUUCUAAGAUUUUUUUUUUUUUACUGAGCUUGCAAAAGUAAAAAAAGGGUGAUUUCAAGAUAAAAUGCCUUGCAAAAAAAACCAAUCAAACCUAAUGAACAAAUAGCUUUCUUGUCAAAACAAGACUGGUACAAUUCCAUCAGGUUUUGCAUGUGACUUUUGUGAAGUUUCAGUAAGUGUUUUUCACCAUGAGACUGCAUUUAGUUGCCCAAGAUGCUGCUAUUGUGUUUUGUUAGUUUUUGUUUCCUCAACUACAAACCACAUACAAAUAUCAUUUGUAUUAUAACCAAUUUGACUUUAUAAAGUGUCAGUUCUUGAUCUUAGAAGAGAUAAAGGCAAGUCUUUCUUGCCUUAAUGAGAGGCAGAACUAGAACUGUACCUCCGAACUGCUGUGCUUCAGCUUUGAGCUGUGAUAACUCUCUUGUCUCCUUGUUUUAAA